CCUUCCUGGCGGCGGCGGGCGGCGGCACAACGCAACUGAACGAGGGCGGGCCGCCGGGCCGCCGCUGAACGGGGGCGGGGAUGGAGGAGAAGGCGAGGCAGCUCGUCGCCCGCCUCGCCGCCACCCCGGACUCCGCCGUCCGGGACCUCCCCUUCGUCCACCGCGCCCUCACCGUGCCCCUCCUCUCCGCCGCGUCCGCCGCCCUCCGCCUGACCCUGCUACUCUCGCGGCUCCGCCCGCGCCGCGACCUGCCCGUGCCCGUCGUCAGCGUCGGCAACCUCACCUGGGGCGGGAAUGGCAAGACGCCCAUGGUCGACUUCUUGGCCCGCAGCUUCCACCGCCUCGGCAUGUCGCCGCUCAUCCUAACAAGGGGCUAUGCGGGCGGCGAUGAGCCAAAGAUGCUCCGGAGGCGCCUUUCUGAUACUUCAGCCAAGAUUGGGGUCGGUGCAAAUAGAGCAGCAGUGGCUUCUUCCAUGCUGCGAACAUAUGGCUACAUCCAUCAUUCUAAAACCUUCUGUGCUGAGAAGAAGCCUUCGUCAACUAGCAAACUGGAAUCCGGUAUAAUUGGAGUAGCCAUAUUAGAUGACGGUAUGCAGCAUUGGAGCUUGCUCAGAGAUGUCGAGAUUGUAAUGGUUAAUGGGUUGGCUCCGUGGGGAAACACCCAUUUCAUUCCACGAGGACCUAUGAGAGAACCUUUGAGUGCACUUGGUCGAGCUGAUAUUGUGGUCAUUCAUAAUGCUGACCUGGCUUCUGAACUGCAACUUAAAGCAAUCAGGUCUACAAUAGAGGACAAUGCAGCAACGUGCUCAAUGUUCUAUAGCAGAUUGGCUCCAUCACAUAUUUUUGAAGCUAAGCAACCAUUAUGGAAACUUCCUCUUAAUGUGUUGAAUGAUAAGAUCGUGCUAUGUGUUUCUGCAAUUGGCUGCCCCAAUGCGUUCAUUCAUACAGUCAGAGAGAUGGGUCCACUUAAAAUUGAUAGGAUGGAUUUCAGUGAUCACCAUUUCUUCAAUGCACAUGACCUCAAGAUAAUCCAAGAAACCGUGAGGAAUCUCAUGGAUCAGCAUGGCAAAGAUGUCAUCAUCUUAAUUACCGAGAAGGAUUAUGACCGUGAUCCAGAGGCCCUUACAACAUUGGAUGCAAAGGUCUGGGUGCUGUCUUCUUCGUUGCAGAUUAUUCCUCACAAGGAACAUGGAGAAGAUGAAUUUAUGAGGAAAGUAAAGGAGAUUCUCGCGAUUACUGGGCGUUCGAAGUCGCAUGCGGUGGAUUGGACCCCAAGUUGAUUACGGUAAUUUUAGCUGAAAACAUCUGUUAGCAAAACAGUUUUGCCAGUAGGAUAUGAACAUCGGUAUGCAGGAUAUAGAUUUUUUUUUCACUUGAGGCAUUGUGCUGAGUUCUUGAAUUACAAUUGGACCAGGUCCUUUGUACUGAACUAUUUGUAGGAGUGAGAGAUAUGACAUGUCCCUGUAGCAUGGAACUAUCGAAUACAGGCAUGUGCAUAUAUUUGGGCUGCUAAGAAAUUCAUGCACUGAAACACCACUUCAUAGCAGUA